GAAUACUUUAUAUAAUUACCGCAUUUAGAAUUAAACUAAUAAUUAAAUUAAUAAUAAACAAUAAUAAUAAACAAUCUUACAUGGGGGCUCGUCCAGUCCUAAAUCGGUUAUAUGAAGGUGCAGUUGUUUAAAGAAAAAAGACAUUGUUGUGUGCGUGGGUAUAGUCUUUAAAAGUUGUAAAGUUGUGGCUAUAUCUAUUGCAUUUAAAGUUGGAAAAAUCAGUUGUACAGAUUUUGUUUGAACACAAGUCGGUAAAAGUCGGGAAAGCUGCUAGAGAGAACUGAUAAAGUUGAAAUUGUCGUGUGCGUGGAUUUAGUCUUUAAAGUUGUAAAGUUAUGGCUACGUCUACUGCAUUGAAAGUUGAAAAAAUCGGUUGAACUCAUACAGACUCAAGUCGUUUUGCUGUUGUGGAAUUUAAAACAAUUAAAUUGCAAAGGUGGUGAAAUUCGUUUCUAACGAAAAUCAAAAUUUGUCUUUUAACCGGUGGCGCCGUCUGCAAAAUCGACUACCGUCGCGCCGUUAGAACAUUGUCGUUGUUUGCUGGUGUUAGUGCCUUGUCGCGGAAUGUUCACACGUACACCACCUACAAAUAAAAAACUUAACACCGACCAAAUACAAGCAAUUCUAGAGAACGAAAGCGAGGACGAAAGCAGAAAAGAAAAAAUGAACGAAGAAGAUCAAAAGUUGGCGCCUGUAGGAGAAGCAGAGGCAAAGAAGCAGAAUAAAGACGCUAGUGCUAAAGUCGAAGAGAAAUUUGAACAAAUGAUGAAUACUCUAACCCAGAGCAUGUUGGCAAAAUCUAAACAAGAGGGGCAAGUAAUUAUCGCUGCAGAAAAAUUUGAAAAAGUUGUAAGUGACUGUGAUGGCAAAUCAAUUCCUAUUAAAAAAUGGUUUGAAAUUUUUGAGAAAAAUGCCGAGGCAUAUGAACUUUCGGAGAAACAAAAAUAUGUUCAAGCCAGAAGUAAGAUGAUUGGAUCAGCAGAACUUUUCUUAGAAUCUGAAUGUGUCAGUGGAUACACUGAACUCAAAGAGUUACUAAUUGAAGAAUUUUCAGGCAGCUAUAAUAGCGCCGUUAUUCACAAAAAGUUGCAAGACAGGAAGAAGAAGAGGGAGGAAACUCUACACGACUAUUUGUUACAAAUGAAGAAAAUAGCAGCCUUAGGUGAAGUUGAAACAGUUGCUUUGAUAACUCAUAUCGUAAACGGCCUCGACAUUAAAAAGGAGUAUAAGGGUGCUAUGCUCCGUUGUAAAACUCUUAAGGAAUUAAAGCAAGAAUUCGAAAUCUACGAGAGUCUGAAUAUUGUUGACAAUAUUCAACCAAAACCAAAGCAAAUUACACAAGGUGUAAAAGCAGAUCACUGCUUCAACUGUGGUUCGAGGGAACACAAACGAAAGGAUUGUACACUUCCUACCAAAUGUUUCAGCUGUAAUCAAGAGGGCCAUAUCUCAAGCAAGUGUCCGGAAAAAGUAAACAGCAUGCGCAUUCACGUUGAUAGUGCACGAACAAAGCCAGUAAUCAUAAAUGGGAUUAUCAUCAACUGUCUGGUGGACACAGGAUCAGAUGUGACCAUAAUUAAAGAAGCUAUAUUCAAGAAGAUGAAAGAUGUUGAUUUAAACCGCACUGCAACAGUAUUGCGAGGUUUGGGAAAUGCCUCAACACAGCCGAUUGGAUGCUUCAGAGCAUUAAUCAAGACCGACCAGGUGGAAGCAAGCCACAACGUUUUAGUCGUCCACGAUUCUAAAUUCAGUUGCGAUGGAAUAGUGGGACACGAUUUUAUCAGCAAGUUUUGUCUUAUCUGUAGUGCAGAAGGCUAUACUUUUCUUGACCUAUAGCUGUAAAGAAGCAGGUAGAGGAAUGGGUCGAGCAGUCAA